AUGAAAAAAACAAUUUAAAAAACUAAAAACUUUCACUACCUAUUACACUAUGAUCAAGCCAACUUGAGUGAAUCUCUUUUACAAUUCAUCCACUUCUUAUAUUUUGUACAACUUUUUAACUUAGGAAAAAAUUUUCAACCGAAUUCAGAAAUUGUGUAAAUAAUUCCUAUAUUAAUUUUAGAACUAUAUAUUCUCUUUUGAAAGGUAUAAAUAUUUUUAACUUGAUUUCAAAGAAAUAUUUUACACAUAUUCAUUUUUUAUUACUCUUUUAUAAUUUAUUUUUAGCAAUAAGCAUACUUACUGUCGUUUUGUUAAAUAUUAAACAUAAUUCAAAGAAUUGGAUAUUAUUAUUGAUUACUAUUAAUGUCACCUUAAACAUUUACCCUUAUGUAUUUUUCAUUCCUAAUCUAUGGUUAAAUAUUCAAUAAUGUUUUACCUAAAGUAUCUUUUAUUUCUUCAUUUCAUUAAUAAACAUAAUAGUUACACUUUUAAUUACUUUUAUGGUAAUCUAUUUUUAAAGAGGAGAUUGUUUAACAUAGAAUGAGAACAUUACAAAUACAAUAAUUUUGGCAAGAAUCUUACUUAAACUUGUUGAAUUUAUAACUAUUUACUUAUCAUUUUAUAAUGAUACAAUUUCAUUUAUCUUUGAAUUAAUAAUUUUAGUUUGCAUAAUCAUAUUGAAUCUAUUUAAGCUAAUAUCAAUUUCAACUAAUAAAAUUUAACUCAGUAUAUUAUUUUUAUUGUUCAAUUUUUCAUUAAUUGCAGAUUUAAGAAUGAUGGAUUAUUUAAUAAUAAGUAUAUUAAUUUUAUCCUUACAAUCAUAGAUUUAAUUUAAAGCAUAAUAAUAAGUUCUUUUUAGAUCAAAUAACAUAAUUAGUUGUUAACUAGCAGAAAAAAUAUAUAAAAAAUGCUUAUUUGACAAAUAAUCUAGAAUUCAAUUAUUGAUUUUUUAAAAUAAUCAUAGUUGUACAAAUUGUAAGACUUUUUAUGAUAUAAUUGAAUGUAUUUUGAAAAAAACUUGUAAAAAUGAAAGAGAUAAAAUAAUAUAUGCAAAUUUUAUUUCUAGAAAAUGGCCAUUUAAAGCUUUAGUGGAAUUACUGAAGGAAUAAAAUGAAGAUUUUUAUUUUUAGUCAGCAAUUUAACAUUUUAAAAAAUAAAUGAAUUUAAUUUUGAUAUUUCAAAUGACAUUAGGACAUCAUAUUAAACCUAAUUUGAAUGUGAAAAUGUAAAAAAUUAAUUUAUAUCUUUGAUUUUAUUUUUGAUAAAAUUUUGGAAUUAAACUAUCGUAAAUUAAGUUGGAAUUAAAUAAUUCUAUUAACAAGUUUAAUAAGUUGGGAAAAAGAUAGAUUAAAUUAGUUAGAAUAUUGAGAAAAUUUAUGAUUUAAAGAAUUGUAAAUUAAAAGGGAAUUAAUUGAGUGAUGUUAUUACUUUAAGAUUAUUAUAAGUUUAUUAUUGUGUUGCUAAGGUAGAUCUAAUUAAAGUAAUUUAUUUUAAUAAAAUGUUAGGCAUAAUCAAUAGAAUAUAUAAUUAAUGAUUUAUUUAGAAAUGACAAAUUUAGAUAAUUUAAUACAAUUGAUAAUAAUUAAUUAGCUACUAGUAAAUAUUGUGCUAUCAUUAGAUAGAUCUAUGCUUUUAACAACCAGUCUCAUUUACAAUAAUAAUAGAUUGAUCAAACCAAAUUAUUAACAGAUGAGCUUAUUUCUUAAUGUUUCUAUUGAAGAUGCUAAUUUUAUCAAAAAUAGUUUUUAAAUAAUGCCACUAUUCUUAUCUAAUGUACAUGAUUAGUUAAUAGAAAAUUUUAUUCAGAAAGAAUAAUCUAGAUUAUGUUAAUAAGGAUAAUAAACAUUUAUUUAAAAUCUGUAAGGAUAUAUUGUACCUUGUUAUAUUCAUAUAAUUCCAUUAUAAGGACAAAAUGAUUAUUUUAUAAAUACUAUUUUAACAAAGGAUUUAAGUUAAAAUGAUCAUAUUGUAUUUGGUAUGAAUGGAAAGCUCUAUGGUAUAACAUAAAACUUUUUUGAAUUUUCUCAUUUAUCAAUCUAAUAAGAGAAUUCAACAAAUAAACUUGUUAUUAAUGAUUUAAUUGAAAAAGGUUCUCUAGUUUAAUAUUAUAUUGAAAACAUCUUAUAUUCAAUUUAACUAUUAAAAUAAUAAAUAGAGAAAAAUUAAAAUUAUGUUAUUUAAGAAGUUUAAUCUUAAUGGUAAUAUCCAUAGAAUCAUUUGAAUUGUCUUAUCAAUACAAAUUAAUUAAUCAAAUAGGAUUACAAUAUAUCAAUUAAUCAUAUUUCUUAGAAAACUAAUUAAUAAACUUUUAAGCAAACUGAAAAGUCUGUUUAAAUAUCUGAGUUUGAUGAAUCAGGAUUAUCAAAUAAAGAAUUAAUUUUUGAUGGAGUUGAAUGGUCUAUUUUAAAUUAAAAUUAUCAUAAUUCAAUUAAAUAAAUGUUAGAUUAAUUUAGUUAGAAACAAAAUACAAAUCAAAUUUGUUUGAUUAUAAAAUAUUCUUUAACUUUUAAAAAGAUUUAAAUAGGAGAAUAAUCUUUAGGAUAUUUUGUUAUGGAAUUGAAAAAUUACCGUUAAGAAUUUACUUAAAAAACAACUUGUUAAUAUAUAAAUAUUAAUAAAACUAAAAAACAUGAAUCUAGUCCUAAAAAUAUUUCUACUUAUAGCUUUCCUUUAAGCGAAGGUAACGAAAUAAAUUCUGAAAGACCUGUAUUUGAUGAUGAUUUAGAUAAUCAAAUAAAUUAGAUUAAUUUAAAAAAUCAUUAAUUAUAUCUAAAAAAAUUAGAAAUAGAUAAAUAGAAAUUAAUUUAUAAUGAAAAUUAAAUAUCUUCUAUUAAUGUUACCAGAUAAAAAUUUUUAUCUUAUGAUUUUGAAAAUACAUCAAGAUUAUUAAAGAUACAAACUGAUCGAUAGCCUAAGAAAUAAUUGUUGACAACUAGAAUAGAACUUUAAAGUAUUAACAUAUAAUAAGAUGAUGACAUUUUGUAAGAAGUAGAAAAAGAGUUUGAUGAAAUAGCUUUCGAAAGAAAUAUGAUAUAAAAUUAAGAAUAAAAUGAGGACAAUUUUGAUGUUUGGAAGGAUUAAACUCUUAAAGAUUGUAUCUAAAUAUAGAAAAAAAAAAUUAUUAAUGAAUAAUUAAAUAAUUAAACUUUUACAAAAUAAAUAAAUACUUUAAAAGAUGCAUUCAAAUAUCUUGAAAAAAUUAACAAUUACAAUUUUAAUCUCAAACCUUUAAAAAAAUUUAAGUACUUUUAAUUUUUUGUUAUAAUCCUACUCAUAAUAAAUGUUGUUUUGGAUUCUUUAAAAGCAUAUAAUCAAUUAUUAGAAAAUGAAAAAUUUAUAAAUUAAGCAUAUGAUCAGGUUAAAUUUCAUAGAAUAUGUUCAAUUAAAUUGAAUUUACUAAUAAUAAAAUUAUUAGGAGACUUUUAAAUUAUUAAUAAAAAUUAAAUUAUAUUCUAGAUGUCAGAAAAAUAAUCCUAAAUUAUUUUUAAUUAUCACACUUAUGAUGAAUAAUAUAAAUUAAUCAAUACUUAUCAAUCAAAAAAAUAAGUAAAUGAUAAUUAUAUUAACAUUUUAUUGUAAUAAUUCAAUGAUAUUUUGAGAAAAAGUUAGGAUAAAACAAUUUUAUAACCAUUUUAAUUUACUAAGGAUACUUAAUACAUAUUCGAUUAGAUUUUUAAUAUUGCUAUGGAGGAUUUAAAUAAUUUCAAAGAUUAAUAGGUUGAUUAUAUUUCAGCCAUAAUUUUUAUUAUUCUAUAUACUCUUUUAAUAAUCUUUUAAAUCAAAUUUUUAUAUUCAAAGAAAAAGAUUAUCAUCAAAUUACUAAAAUUUGCCCAUCAAACAAGUAUAAGCAAAAUAUAAAAUUAAAUAGCAAGACUUUCAACAAUUAAAGAUACUUUUGAAAGUAAUAAUUAAAAAAAUUGGAAAUUGACUUCUUAUGUAUAAAUAAUCUCUGAAGAAGUUUAACAUGAAAAAAUUUAAAGAAAACAAAAUUGUGAUUUAGAAGGAAGUAUUGAUAAUAAAUACAUUUACUCUAAUGUAAUUGUGAUAUUUUUCUUGUUUUUGUUUGUAGCAAUGAAAUUAUUACUUUAAGAAAUUUAUUAUAAAAGGGAGUAUUUGUGUAUAUAGAACUAAUUUUUAAAACUAAAUAUUCUGAUUGAUCAUAGUCUUAUCUAUGGUAGUCUUAUGAAAACAUUUUAAGUUAUCAAAAUAGCUAAUUCUUUAGAUGCUUCGAUAAUCGAGAAUUUCAAUUAAUCAAUAUAUAUGUAAACAAAUAUUACUGAUGAUUUAAUUGAUAAAUUAAAUAGAUUGUAAGAAAUUAAUUUACUUAAUUCUUUAAUUAACAAUUAGUGUGAAUAUUAUCCAAAUAUGAUUGAAUAUUGUAAGAGUAGUAUAUAUCCAUAUAAUGAGAUGUAAUAAUUGAUAGAAAGGGGAAUAAUAAGUAUAACAAAUAAUAUUGUAAAUGUAAGAAAUACUGAAUUCAAUUAUGAAUUAACAACGAAAUAGUUUUAGAAAGUGUCUAAUGAAUUAUUAGAAUACAUAAACAGCUAAUCUUUUAUAAAUACAUUUUUAGUUUACUUCUCAGAAAGUAUAAACACCUUAGAUAAAGAAAUAGAAAAAAUAAUAUAGGUUGGACAAGAUUAAUUUCGCAAUUAUAUAUUUAUGAUAGAGUUUUAUGAGAUUGGUGUGGGAGUUAGGUAAUAAAUUUAUUUAAAACUAUUUUAGUAUGAGUUUGAUUUAUUUGUUGUUUGGAUAUUUAAUUUAAAUUUAUCAUAGAGAUGAUUUUAAAAUCAUAAUACUUUUUUUAAGAACAAUUCCAAAUGAAUAAAUGUAAUAAAAAAACAUUUUACAUUAAAUAAAGAAUAUAGUAGAAGAGAAAUGA